AUGAAAAUCGCUGGUGUUGAUGUUAAUCUAGCCGAGCAGGCUGCGAAGCGUGUGGCCAAGACCUGGCGGGUCAACAGGCAACGAUCAAAAGUUUUGUGGGCAAAGCUAAGCCAAAUACAUAAUACGUGUGACACUUACCUUGAGGCUGUUGAUGUUGUGUCCGACACUUUGCAUGGCUGGGCCAGAAAAUAUCUCCCUCUAGAUGAGAGAAAUGGAAAUGGUCUUGAAGUAGAUUAUACGCUGAAUGAAGCGACGGUGCAUCUAGAUUGCCGUCUCCAGACUAUGAAACCGCGUACAGAAAAAAAACACAAACGCAUUGAGCGCUUUUGA